GCAGACUUCCUUCCUGACUUGUGGUGAUAGCAUGUAUUUUGUGUUUUCAGACUGACAGAAGGGGAACAAGAAAGAGGAGAGAAAAAGGAGUCCUGUGUAGACGGCCGGACGGACAAGAGGUCAGUCGGACAGGUGGACAGACAUACAGUCAGAUAAACAGACAGACAGACAGGCGGACAGACACUUCUUGUGGAUUUGAGAAGAUCUAGGUUAAAAGGAGAAUUAUUCCAUCUCAUAAAGUGGAUUAUCCAAAAGUCCAGAAAAUGGCGUCAGACCUCUCCAUCUCCGCUCCCUCCCUGCUCCCCUCCACCCCUGCUCUUGUCUCCUCCUCCCCUCCUCUCUCCAUCUCACACCAGAUCGGUAUCUCCAUUCUGGUCCUGGCCUUUGUCUUUGGUUUCCCAGGCAACCUGUUCGUGGUGUGGUCGGUGCUGUGCCGUGUGAGGCAUCGCUCUGUCACGUGCCUGCUCGUCUUAAACCUCGCCGCGGCCGACGCCCUGGUGCUGCUAAGCGCCCCGCUCUUCCUGCACUUCCUGGCAGGCAGGCGAGGCUGGGAGUUCGGGGCGGUGGCCUGUAAGACGGUACACUACCUGUGCUGCGUCAACAUGAAUGUCUCCAUCUACCUGAUCUGCUUGAUGAGCAUGGAUCGCUGGCUGGCCGUGGCGAGGCCCUUCCUGUCACAGAGGAUGAGGACCAAGAAAACCCUGAUGGCCGUUCUGCUGGCUAUCUGGGUGCUGGCAUUCGUCUUAGCUCUGCCCAUGCCCUUCUAUCGCAGUAACCUGAAGCCCUUCCUUCACAAGAACAUCUCCAUGAGCAUCUGCAUGCCGUACCACUGGGGAAGUGUGGGUCACCAGGUGUUCCAGUACCUAUUCGAGACCGUCCUGGGCUUCUUCCUCCCCUUCACCUUCAUCAUCGUCUGCUACACCUCCGUCAUCUGCCGGCUACGCAGCGUCAUGUUCCAGCGCAAGGGACGAGGAAACCGUCUCAUCCUCCUCAUCAUCGGCGCCUUCGCUCUCUUCUGGCUGCCCUACCACCUGGUCAACAUCUUACAGGUGAUUGGUCUGCUGGGUAGCAACGGCACUCUCUCCAAUGCUGCUGUAUUGGCCCGUCCCAACGUCACGGCGUUCGCCUUCCUGAGCAGCAGUGUGAACCCUGUGCUGUAUGUGUUCGCCGGCAGCUCCCACAUCCGCCAGGCCGGCCUCAGCUUCAUGGCCAAGCUGUUCGAGGGCACCAACUCCGAGGGAGGUACCUCCGCCUCCUUCUCCCGCAGCACGAGGUGCAGCCGGAGUGGUUCCACAGCCCCGGACGAGAGCUCCGCUCUGCGCUCGCUGACACUCAAGCUGGGGUGGUUGGGGAAGGAAAAGGAUGGGGGUGGGGAUAGUGGAGUGGAGCUGCGUGGAGUUGAGGUCAAGGUUAACUCCAAGCAGGAGCUCAAGACUUUGACAUCCAGUGAUCAGUCAGAGUAGUAUUUUUUGUAAACUUUUUGCGGCCUACUGUAGUACUCCUAGAUUAUUAUUCGUAUUGAAUGUAUUUCAUGAACAGAUUUGUGAUAUAUGUACAUCAUAGCAAGUGUGUCUGUGAGGUUGCCUUCAUGCAAUUUCUGAAUGAAAAUAUUAUACCAUUAGUUAAUAAAGUUUUCACAUGUUGACAAAUCGAGUCAGAUUAGCGAUUGGAGGGGAAGGAACGGUUCUAGACUCUGACAUGCGAGGUCUAGCCAAAUGACGUCAGUGACUGGAGCGAUGUUUGGAAACUCACAUUUCCAUAAUGACCUCACUAAUGCAAUUGCGGUUAAUUAUUAGAAAAUGUUCUGGGUAGGUGAUGCAAUGGAGACCAGUAGCCGAUUUUAGUUGCACCAUUAUUCAGAUUUGUGAUAUAUCUGCUUCAUAGGAAGUGUGUCUGUGAGGCUGCCUUCAUGCAAUUUCUGAAUUAAAAUAUUAUACCAUUAGUUAAUAAAGUUUUCACAUAUUGACAAAUCGAGUCAGAUUAGCGAUUUCUUCAAGGAAGAGGGGAAG